GCACAGCAUUUGAAUUUUGGCUCUUUAGUUACUCACUCUGAAUGGCAGAGAAAGAGAGAUGGCCUGUGUGCUCAUUCAUGGGUGACGGUGAAGCAGUAGCAGUACCGCACUCAAAACUGAAGAAGAAAGGUAGGCCACCAAUACCAAAGAAGGAAAAUGUGUUUAAAGAAUUGAACGGAGUUGAUGAUGAUCCUCGUAAUCCUCAAAAAAGACGAAAGGGAGAGGGAACAGGCAUGGGCAUUGUCAUUGAUGCUCCUCCAUGUAAUACUCAAGCUUACCAACGUGCAAAAGAGGUUCAAGCUAACCUAUCUCCUCAAUUCCCAACCUUUCUUAAGUCCAUGCUUCCAUCUCACGUAGCCGGAGGAUUUUGGCUUGGUCUUCCCAAAAAAUUCUGUAACUUGUAUAUGCCCAAGCUUGAUACUACCAUCGCUUUGGAAGAUGAAACUGGCCAACUUUAUGAAACCAAAUAUCUUGCUCAAAAGGCCGGUUUAAGUGCAGGAUGGAGGGGCUUUUCCAUAGCUCAUAACUUACUUGAGAUGGAUGUUCUAAUAUUCCACCUGGUCCAACCUUCCAAGUUUAGGGUGUACAUUAUAAGAUCUCAGGAAUCUGAUGAACUGGAUGGUGCUCUUGUCCUUCUUAAGUCAGAUGGGUGCAGAAAACAAAGUGAUGAUGCUAAUGAUCAUAAGAAUAGCGGGAUGAUUUUUUGUGCUAAUGUGUCUCAUCCAGACCAGGUUGAAAAUACUAGUGAAGAUUUUGACUCUGGAAUUAGAUUUUCAGAAUCAGUUGUCAGUUUCAAGCAAGUGACUGGUGUGGAGAAUUUCAGGAUUGUGGUGAAUGGUUUGGUUAUUGAUUCGGAGCUCUCCAAAUACAUUCGGAACAAGUAUUAUGAGCUGUGUUGCAGCCAGAGGUCGUUUCUUCAUGACCAUCUUCUUGAGGGUCUUAACACUAAACUGGCGGCUGGAAUAAUUUCUGAGACCAUUAAUAUUGCCGAUGCCAUUAAAGCCAGCAAUCUUACAACCUCUCCAGAUAGUCUUGUCAUAUGGGACAAAACUUUGAAAGCCUUUGAGACAAUGGGUAUGAAUGUCAGCUUCUUGCUUAUUCGGCUAGACCAGCUCAUGAAACUAGCUUUGAAAUUGAAGAGGUACAAGGAGGUAACACUCGAAAGAGACCACGCUGCAGAGGAGUUGAAAGCUCUAGAAGCAAAACUAUUGGAAGUAAAACAAACUAUAAAUAGACUUGAUCAAGAGAAUGAUAUACAACAUAUGCACCCUGAGAGGCUGGAGACUAUGUUCCAAGAACUGGCUGAUGCUCCUUGGUGAUGUCAUUGCUUGUUGCUUCUGUGUUUGGACUAAACAAGUUCUAGAUGCCGGAUAAAAGAUAAAAUGAAAUAGGGUAAGAUUUUUUGUGUUAUUAUGAAUUAUGAAAGACACCUAAAACUAAUCCUCUUUUUGUUAUUAGUUAGUGACAACUUUAGAAUUGACCGGUUGCUUUUUUCAAACUCUCCUUACAGGUUCUAACCUUAUAAAAUAUUACCUACUUUUCUAUUUAUAA